CUAACGUACUGCGAUCUAAAUCUGGAGACAUGCACUCCCCAACACCCAGCAAAACUUGAAACGUAGAGCUCUCGGCUGACUUGUUGCCCAGUUGGCAAGAGGCAUUCGAUUGGAUAGUCUUGCAUAGCGGAACACUCGGCGUAGCGCUGCUCUGCCGAGUAAGCAAAGACCUGUAAGCAUUGCCAGUGUUUCAUGCCAACUAGGAUGCGUGUUAGCAUACUCUUGCUAUUGGCUGUCUAACGCACCGUAAAUCAUCGGACGACUGUAUUUAUAACCAAGACAAGACUAGGUCAACUAUAAAGUCGCGAGAAAAGUACCCAUUCCAAUUCAAAAACCUUUCUAAACACUCCACUAUGGAGAUUAUACCUCUGCUACAAUCACCACGAGAAGGGAAAAUGCACGACACCCCCAUAAUGACGCCCAAUGUCGCUGGGAUUUACAAUGCCUUUCUCGAUGGCAAGAACAGUUCAAUUGCCGAUAAGGAAGCUGCAAUUGAAGUCCAGAAGGCUAUGCCUGAUGUUCUGAGAGUUGCAGAAGAGAAUCGCUCGUUCCUUCGUCGCUGCAUAAGGUAUAUGCUUGGACAUGGAAUCAAGCAAUUUAUUGAUAUUGGCUCUGGCUAUAUCACUACAGAUAAUAUCCAUGAGCUUGCUCAACUGGUCGAACCAACAGCAAAGAUUGUAUACGUAGACCAAAACCCAUCGGUAGUUGAGGAAGGAAGCAAACUUCUCGCUACGAAUGGAACAGCCAUCAUCAUCUGCGCCGACAUUCGCAAGCCUAACGACGUCUUCAAGCACCCCAAUCUCAUCGGUUUGAUUGACUUCGCAGAACCUGUUGGAAUCCUGAUGAUGUGUGUGGCCUGUUUCUUGACGGAUGCAGAGCUUACGCACAUCAUGUCAUCAAUUCAAUCUACGAUAUGCGACGAUAGCUAUGUCGCGAUGACACACGACACACUUGAUGGCCAUCCAACUGAGCGGGAAAACAUUGCCCAUGUUCAGAAAAUCUACAACAAGGCCUCUGUUCCACUUAUCUUCCGCAACCGUAAAGAAGUCUUACGAAUUUUUCAAGGCUUAUGUCUUGUGGAACCAGGAGUCGUCUUCCUCCACAAUUGGCGCAUUGAGUUGGAUCUGCCGGCGCCAGCUGCAGUGGAAUGGCUUUACGGUGGCCUAGCAAAGAAGACCUCGUUGCCAGUAGUUCCUGGAGCCAGUCCGCAAAUGUACGUCAACCUCAUGCAGCUCCGGAAAUGUCUCAACACCACUGCGCUCACCUCCACCUCGCUUUUCUUCAUCAUCUGGUGCUUUAUAACAUAUAUGGCGCAGUCAUUCUUAGACGUUGGAGUCGUUUCGUUUCAGCAACUGAAGGAUAUGGCGCUAGAGUAGGUUCGAGAGCUAGUUGAAUGCAAGUGUUUCAUUGUUUCUUUGAGAAUGUAACAUCAAUAUCUGUGCACAAUCCAAGCCGCGAUCGUGGCUUGCUUGUCCCACGUUUUGUUUCACCGUGUGAAACAAUGGCCGAUGCGCUCAUAGACAACUCAACUCUAAAUUGACUACCACUCUCUUGUCUGUGCGAUUCUCUACUCGUGAGUGAGCUUUCA